AUGAUACUUGGAAAGGAUGCUGAUUACAACACAAGCAGAGACUUGAAAGAAAGGGCAAACAAUGGGGAGGGAAAAAAGUGGUUCCAAAAGAGCGACGUUGUUAAACAGAGGGGAAAGUGGACCAAAUGAUGGGUGCAGCGAGAUCGUGCCAAUGGUUACUCAUAGCAAUAAUCCUCAUCGUAUCCUCGAAUGGUGCCACCAGUGAAACAGAGAUCUCAGGAUCGAGCCUUAGCAAGCCAAAGACGAUCAUUAAUCCCGGUUACAUCGAGCCACGAAACAACAACAAUGGAAAUCGUACAAGCUUUAUUCUAAAUUCACCUCGCAGACGUCGAUACGUUCGAUUUCCAAGUGGUCCAGCCGGUUAUGUCUUCGAGGGUGGUGGACCUCCUAUAGGGAGGAACAUCGGUGCGCAUCCUGGUGUUCGUUUCCCAUCCUGGAGACAGCAGAAGUCGCUGUGGAGGAGUCCGAUUUCCGAGUACAACAGGCCAGUAAUGGGACACCGAACUCCACGACUGAUCUUUCGUGAUAAUGAUUUUCCAUCACCAGCUGGUGGCAGUGCACCCUCGUUUUUCCAGCAGUCGAAUCAUUUGCCAGAUUUCGAGGAUGAGAUCAGAGAGCCGCGUCAACAAAAAAGACCGCUGUGGAAGGGUGACGAUACGUUGUGCGCUGACGGACGAAGCUGCGAAUUUUUUCUAAUGUGCUGGAUGUCCGCUGGCCUAUUGGACGGCAGUUGCGGUGGCAUCAUGUACGCUUGUUGUCAGCGGAAAGAACCGAAAGGUAGCUCUGAUUAUAACCUGAUUGAGGCACCUAGAGAUCAAUCUCAGCCGCUUCCGUUGGAUACUUACACGGAGACCGCCAAUGAUGAUCGCUGCGGGAUUCCCGCCUCGAAGCAAACCGCGCAGAGAAGAAUCGUCGGAGGCGACGACGCAGGCUUUGGCAGUUUCCCAUGGCAGGUCAGAUUUCUGUACAUUGACGAAUCGAAAUCGAAUGAUUUCCAGCCUCUCGUGUCGCGUUUUAAACAGAGAAAAUGUUCUACUUUCUCAGGCGUACAUACGAAUCGGAUCCAGCCGGUGCGGCGGCACUCUCGUUAAUCGAUUCCACGUAGUCACUGCUGGACACUGUGUAGCCAAGUUCGACGUGGCUGUUCUGCGAUUAGAUCGUCCAGUUCAUUACAUGCCUCACAUAGCGCCGAUCUGUUUGCCUGAGAAGAACGAAGACUUUCUAGGACAGUAUGGAUGGGCUGCAGGAUGGGGAGCGUUGCAGGCUGGAUCGAGACUACGCCCGAAGACUCUUCAGGCGGUGGACGUACCUGUGAUAGAUAAUCGAAUCUGCGAGAGGUGGCACCGGUCCAAUGGGAUUAACGUUGUGAUUUAUGACGAGAUGAUGUGCGCCGGCUAUCGUGGAGGUGGCAAGGACUCCUGCCAAGUGAGUUUAAUUUGGCAUAAAGUUACUAAGGAACUUCUACAAGUGGAGAUGAUAAAAUUAGUAGAGAGUGGAAAUAGGAUAUGGGGCGUAAAAUUAGUCGAGAGUUUAAAAGUUUACAGCGUCGUAAAGUGCAAAAAUAUGUACUUCCGAGAUGUUUAUGCAGGGAUGGGGAAACCUUUCUCAGGAAAUCGUACGAUGACGAAUUGGGGGACUGUUUCUCUCCAAAGAAUGGAUCUUAAUUCUUAACUAUUAUAGACGUUAAUUAUAACAGAUAACAAUAAUAAUAAAAAUUAUAUAGAUUCUAAUUUUUAACAAUGUUUUCUGAAUUUCAAAAAUUUUUUUGUUAUCAUACAUAUAGUAAUUCGCAAAGUAUCUAGAAUUUAAUUCUGAUGACCAGUGAUGGUGUUAAGCAAGAACUAACAGAGAAAUGGAAGGAAAGAACUUUCUUCACGCUUUCACAGAGCUUCUACAAGUAGAGUUUUCUCCCGACAAGACGAAACAUUCGUAACUCGAAUUCUCUCCUUUCCCGUGAGAUUCGAGUGACCAAUAUUCGAUUGUCAACAACGUUUAACGCGUAACAUGUUUCAUAAAUACUUUAAAAUUAAUAACAAAUUUAAUUGACAAAAAUAACAACAUGUUUAAUAAAUAUACUUUUAUGCUAUGAUCUGCAGGGUGACAGCGGUGGGCCACUGAUGCUAGAGAAAACAGGACGAUGGUACCUAAUAGGUAUCGUCUCAGCAGGUUACUCGUGUGCACAGCCAGGCCAGCCAGGAAUCUAUCAUCGCGUAGCUAAAACAGUCGAUUGGAUAACCUACGUGAUCAAUUCGUAGCGAAACAAGUCAUAAGAAGCAUAGAGAUCGUUCUCUGUAAAAACUUUGCAUGAAACAAAGUUUACCGGAUAGAAUCAAUGACAAAUUCGCAACUGGCUGGCAAACGAUAUCGAGGAUCUAGCAGCUGUGUGUGACUGGCGAAUCUCGACGAUUCUACGCUCGAGGAAUGUGAUACACAGUGACGAGAUAAUGUUCAAUGUUAGGGACAGAGUUGUCCAUCUCUUCGAGAGACGAGAGAAUCGUUAACGUGUAAUACCAUGUAACUUUCUAAUCUAAAUAAGGUGAUGCGUGGAAAUUCUGGUAACUUACAACUCGCGCCCAGUGACGUUUUCCUUUCGUCGACUCUGUGAAUUUAGUUUAGAGGAAAAGACACAUCUUAUGUUGGGCGUGUGGUGUGAACUGUAACGACGUGGAUAUCUUGUAAAUUAAGUGCGUGUGAUAUUCGUUUAUUAUCGCGCUUAAUAAACGUUUGAUCUUUUUUUUUUUCAAUUUUACCUUCGGUUUAAUUUAGACGGACCAUUUUUGAACCUCAUUACAAGUACAAAAUGAAUAAUCACGCCACAAGCUUAAUGACAAAGUAAAUUUCAUUCUGAAAUUUUCUUGUAUACUUGAUGACAUCGAGCACGAUUCCAAGUUUAUUGAAUCUUUUCGAGUCUUGAUUAAUGCAGAGAAUCUUGAAAGUCUUGAUUUUGAAUGUCUUCAGUAUUCAGUAUCAUAUAAUACUUAUACAUAUUAUUAUUGACUACUUUCUUUAACAUUUUACAUUAAAAUAUUAUAUACAUUUAUCCUUUUAUUUUAAAUUGUUAUAUCAUUGAUAUAAAAUAUUAAAGAACAGUUCAGAAAAUUCGAGUUAUUACAUACAGUUAUUAUAUACAUUUAUUUACGUUAGUCACAGCUUGUAAUAUACAUUACGAAUGUGAAUAUCUGAAUAAAUAAAUCAUAAAUAUAUUUAUAAUUAUUCCCGGACAUAAGUAUCGUUGAUAUAAUAUAUCAAAGAAAAUCUAAAAAGUUUAAGGGAUGUGAUAUUUAUACAUUUACAUAUUUAUUUUUAUUCAUCUUUAUAAUACACAUUACGCACGUGGAAAAUAGAAAAAAAAUUGCUUGCAACAUAUCGAAUAUUUAUCAUUUGUUAAAACCUUCAAGGUUUUUGAAACUUCAAGACUAAUUAAGAUUUUCAUCUUUUCGAAAGCGAGUUUCCGUAUUAAUUCACGACCAUAAGCAACCAUUACAACUUUGUGCUCGCGAUGUGUUUCUAAAAAUGGUCCGUCUGAGGAAAACCUCUGUCUGUUCAUUUUUUUUUUUUUUUGUUUU